AUGCCUACCACCUCCGUCUCCACGCCCAUCCCGGCCGGCAUGACCGACGCCCAGGCCGUUGCCGCCGUCCAGAACCACGAAGUCAUGAUCCACGCCCUCGCACCCGAAAUCAUCUCCUACAAGAUGUUGUCCGGCGACCCCAAGAGCAAAGCCGUCUACGAAGUCACCGACCGGAAGCCCAUCGGCCAGACGACCUACAAGCUCACCAUCACAAACGUCGCCGGCGGCGUCGACACGCUCGUCAACGCCAACCCGCCAGUCGGCACUCUCACCAUCGCCGGCAAGUGGAGGGUCGCCAACGGCAAGCUCCAGGAGGAUGUCGACAUCGACGGCAACUUUGUCAUGAAGAGGAUGGCGAAGGGCAAUGUGGACAAGACGCACCCGAGCCAGCACGUGAAGCUGCUCGCGGGCGUCAAGGCCUAG